AAGUAAACAUAUAAAGACAUACGACAUUAGUAUCUGGAUAUCUAUGGAUGACGGCGGUAUUGCUUACAGAUAGUGGACUACUGAUACCAUGCUAACUUUGCCGUAGUUAUCAGAAUAGACAUGAGACACCAGUUUAUAUGCAACAUUGUAAUAUGUAGUUCAUUAUAAUGUUACGGUAUAUAGAUGAUUCGUGUAACAUUUACGGUAGGCGGUGAUGAGUAAAGCAUUGUAUCCAUAGUGGGGUGUAUGCAUGCUGCAAGGAUGGCUGAUUGCGAGUACCGCCUGGAAGGAAAUUAUCUUAAGUUGACUAAAGAGAUGAAAACGGCUUACCAUAGGAAUGGAUACCUGAUCGUUAGAGGCUUGCUCAAUAAUGCGGAAUUGAAACAGCUUCAGGUUACACUAGAAGGAAGCGACGCUAUAACAAAACACCGGUAUGGGUUUUCAGAUGGAGAGGGCAAGAAAACGCAAAUGGCCCUAUGGAGCUACCCCGGUGAUGACGUCACAGGCGUCAUUUCAAGAAGUGAAAAGGUGUUAGGAACGUGUCAGGAACUUUUAGGCGGUGAUGAAUUGUAUCAUUUCGAAUCUAAACUUAUGAUGAAAGAGGCAAAGACCGGCGGCAAGCAUCUCUGGCACCAGGAUUAUGGAUACUGGUACAACAAUGGGUGUUUAUUUCCUGAUUUGAUAACAGUUUUUGUAGCAUACGAUAGAGCAACAAAAGAAAACGGUUGUUUACAGAUACUGCCCGGCUCCCACAAAUGCGGUCGGAUUGACCAUCUUCUGAUAGCUGGGCAGACUGGUGCGGAUCUGGAGAGAGUACAUGCUAUCCAACAGAAAUGCCCUCCAGUCUAUGUCGAAAUGGAACCUGGUGAUGCUCUCUUCUUUCACUCGAACCUCCUGCACACAAGUGCUGGUAACGACAGUGACCAGAGACGCUGGUCAAUCCUCGUGUCCUAUAAUCGGGUUGACAACGAAGCAGUGCUUGACCAUCCAUUUGGAAAACUACGGAAAUUAGUAAAAGUUCCAAAUGAAGCCAUACUCAAAUGUCAAAACUAUACUAAUAUGGAUGGAAAGGAGUUUCUGGAUCCUAGAAAUGAUGCUAACAUAGCUCUUGAUGAUGCCUGUCAGUGAUUGAACAAUAAUCAAGUUGAUUACUUGGUGCAUCAGUCUAGAAAAUCAGUUCUAUAAGCAAGGGGAGGGGCUGCACAAUGUCCUUACUGAAAAUAUAUAAGUUGUCAAUGUUAAAAUUAAAGAGGUUACUUUUGUCAUAGAAGUUGGAAGUGAGCUGAUGAUGUAUACGCUGAUGAUGAUGUGACGAUGUAAAUGUCAGAAUGGGACGCUUAAGAAUAGGAUUGUGUGGUUUCUAAAAUCUAAAAAUUAAUGAAAACAAAUAGCACCUCAAUAUCAAAAUGCUUGUUUUUAUAAUCGUCAUAAAUAUAUCUGUAUGACAAAUUGUAUUUAACAAUCUGUAAGCCUAGCUAUAUAAGAAUAAAACCCACAGAAACAACAACAAAAACAGCAAACCCCUACCCCUUAAAAAGAAACUGCUUUUGUCGUCAUAUCAUCAAUGUUAUUUCUCGUAAUCUGUUAGUCUUUGAGGCACUAUUACGGUAAUGCAUGAGGAAUGAUAGUUUUAACAGACUUUAGUUUUAACAAUGAUGCGAACUCAAAUCUCCAGAAAUUCUUGACAUUUUUGUUUAAAAUCGUGUUCGGCGCUGAGUUUUUAUCCCUAUUGAUUUUAAGUCAUUAUUCUACUGCACUUAAAAUUGCCGAUGGUGUGAAAACGUUUUAUAAGUAGAUUAUAUCUAUUGUUAAAAUAAAAUCCAAUAUA